CGUACUGUGGUCCUGCCAUUGCCAUGUUGUUGACAGGGUUUGUUAACUGCCAUCUGGGCUGGGAGUGGAUCUUCUACAUAUACAGCAUAGCUGGCGGAAUUUGGGGCAUACUGUGGGUGCUGAUUGUUUUCAAGUCUCCGUAUAAAGCCCUGCAUAGACUGGGACAGAAAGAGAGAGAGCUCUUUGAGGAAGAAAGGAGGAAAAAACACGCUGAUUUAUUUACGUCUGUACAAUCGGCAGCUCCACAAGAGGCGGUCAGGGCUAUACCGUUCAAGGCGAUUCUGACGUCAUUUCCUGUGUGGGCGGUGUUUGUAGCGGGCACUACGAGAAGCUGGGUGCUUCUUCUGGUCACCAAUUAUUUCUCUCAAUAUUUAGAGAAUGUGUAUAAUCCUAAUAUAAUUGAGGUAGGGUAUCUGUCCUCCUUGCCGUUCUUUGUUACCACGGCAACCGUGUGUCUUGGGGCCAUGAUUGCUGACACCUGUCUGAAAAGAAGAGUGGUCUCUAGGACCGUUGCCAGAAAGCUGUUCAACUGCGUCGGGUUUGGAGUGGAGGCCAGUAUACUGUGUCUGGUCGGGUUUAUGACGUGGUAUUUUCCCAGUAAAGUUGCCGCCGUCACACUAAUUGGGAUAUCAUGUGGAGCCAGCGGAUUCGCUGCUUCAGGUUACCAGGCGAAUCCUCUUGACUUGGCACGUGAUUAUGCCAGUAUUUUAAUGGGCAUAUCAAAACUGGGCGGCAUAGGGGGCAUGAUUAUGCCUAAAGUGGUCGGGGCCUUGACAAGCAAAGGGGAUGCAUUUGGCUGGGCCUGUGUGUUCUGGGUCACAGCAGGACUGGAGAUGGCAGGCGUAGUCUUCUACGCCAUCUUUGCCAGCGGUAAGCAGCAGUCUUGGUCGAACUAUCGCGACGCCAGGGAGCUGGAGGAUGAUAGCGCCAGGUUAAGCGCGAGUUACCAACACAGCGUGGGCGGUGGUCGCGCAUACGGGGCUCCGAAUUUAGGUAUUAGCAGGAGAACUAUUGACGAAAGUUAUGUUGAUGACGAGGAGAGGCCGUUACUGCGGUAUGCCUCGAACAGGGAGGAACAUGAAUUUACCGACUCCAUGACGCUUUACUGAAAAGUAAAGACAUGAAAUAAGUAAACUCCCUUCCAGGUUUGCAGAUUGAUAUUUCGCUCGAUAUUUACAGAUACGUCUUUGAUGAAUAAUGUGCAAAUUUUUGUGGAUAAUUGGUAGAGAGUAAAUAUACAUAUUAGGUAAUAUGACAUGCACUCG